AUGUCUGAGCCAACCAAGGUGGCUCAGACGGAGCCUCAUUUGAGGGAUGGUCCUUGCUCACUUUUUGAAAGAAUCAGCGAGCUACGCUCUAUGAGUAUUGGUAGCCUGGUGGACUUGCCUCAACUUCUCAUCUGCGGCGAUGAAGCCAGCGACAAACACUCCGUUCUUCAGGCAAUUGCUCGUAUGCCAUUCCCGGUCAACAACUCUGCGACUCAAUUUGUGACCGAGGUUCAUCUUCAUCGUCAACCCAAAAGCCUAUUCCGAGUCGCCAUACGGCCCACAGUCCCAAACAAUGAUAAUGAUAAAGAUGCACCGAUGAAGUCGAGUCUGAUAGGACAUGUUGCAAACACCAAAGGAUUGCUCGCUCUUAUUGAGAAAGCUACAAAUUUGAUUGUUUCAAAAUGCAACAGUGGGUUCAGCGAAGAGGUUCUUCAGCUCGAGAUUGCUGGCCCUAACAAGCCGAACCUGACUGUUGUUGAUCUGCCGGGUCUUCAUCACACAGGCGUUGACGAAGGAAAUAAACCCGUGGAGAUUGCAAGGAAAUACAUGAAGAGUCCUCGAAGGAUCAUUCUCGCCGUGCUCUCCGCAGAUCUAGAAUUCCAAACCCAAAAGGUUCUGGAUCUUGCAACGGAAUUCGACCCAAAGCAAAAGCGGACACUCGGCAUCAUCACCCAUCCUCACAAACUUGCAGCAUUAGGGCACUCAAGCUUGCUUUUUUCGGAAAUCGCCAAUCGGAAGUUGACCCUUGGGUGGCUUCUAUUGCCAGACCAUAUCGCUCAAAAGCAGAAUACUGAACUAACUGAGACGGACAGCGCAGAAAUACUCGGAGAGAAAGACUGGGAAGCGUUGGGAAAGUGUGCAAACAACGUCGAAAACCUUCCAGACUGGCUGGGUGAUAUAUUUUCUGAGAAGAUCCAAAAGGAUGUAUCUGGUCUGAUUUCCGACAUUGACGCUGUGGUGAUGGACAGAACCUCGAUGUUGCCAAAGUUGGUUCUUCCCAGGGAAACACUUGGACAACAAAAGAACUUCUUAUCCAGACUGAGUCAUUCUUUCGAGCAUGUCUUGAAUCAGGCUCUACGCGGUGUUUACACAGAAGCCUUUUUUGAUACUCGAAAUCAAGGCCCCAAUAUCAACCUGGACGAUCCUCGUCGCCUGUGUGUCAUCGUCCAUGCACUGAACGAGCACUUUGCGGACGCUAUGCAGGCAAUCGGAUGUCAUCGUAAGAUCAUCAGCUCAGCUGAUCGAUUGGCCUCCGGGGACUCAUUUCGAACGGCAUCAAAUCCCUACCGCAAUAUCAGAAGACCAGAAAGUCUGACACGAGCCAACUUUGAACGUGAAGUCGAGCAACGGAUACAACGUGACGGUGGACUCACAGGCGUGGGAGGCCUCGAGCACUCUUUAUUGGGUGCUUUGUUUCGAGAACAAACACAGCCAUGGGAGGAGAUAGCCCAUGUGCAUCUCAUCACAACGUGGAAGUCCGUUAGGACCUGCGUGGUUUCUGUGCUACAAUAUUUCACAGACCAGCCGACAUCAGACUUGAUUAUGAAGCACAUCAUUGAUCCAAAGCUUGAAAGCUUGAAAAUAGAUCUACUGGAAAAACUGAAAGAAUUGGUUGCUUACUACAAGCGAGGUCAACUGUUGCCCUCCAGCAAGACCAUUCUUGCGCAGGUCGAGAAACGAAGGAACGACCGUCUAUCUGCUUAUUUCAAGCAGACUUAUCACCUAGCGCAUCAGUCAGGGGCUUCUACGGCACAGGUCGAAAUGGACACCCAGAGUUUGAGGACAUUGAGCGAAGGUUGCAUCGCCGCCGAUGCUGUUGAUCUACUGCAAGCACAUUAUGAUGCAAGUGACUCAAACUCCAUCGAUUAUGGCUUGGACUCCUGGAGAUGCUAA